CCUCAAGCAAGUAUUCAUUCGUGACACCCAUCCAAGCCCGCCCCAGAUACUCAGGGCCCUUGCGCUAUGGCGCCCGCACAAUUCGAGCCGCAGCCGCUCACAACGCCCCUCAACGACGAGGCCCUCAGGGCCCUCAGCGAGCUGCAACAGCAGCGGGACCGCGAAAAGAAGGCCCGAGAACACCUGAAAAAGGCGGCCGAAAUCCUGACCGACAUCACGGGAGAACUCAAUGACCGGGCCUACCUCCGCAGGGCCAGACAUUUGAAAGAGAAGGCUCGGCGCAGGGAAGCGAAGGGCACUGAGGAUGCAGCGGAAGAGAACGAAGACCCCGCAGUUGCUGAGGCGGAUGCGAGAUACGAGGAGUUCCAGCAGAAGGUCGAAGCUUUGACAAAGAGGAUGGACUCGAGCAUUCGCGGCGUAAUCGACGACGUGGCCUGGCUGACCGAGUAUCCCGCAACGCUGAAGGCGGUGGUGGAGAAGGCGCAGGAAACAACGGAGGAGCAGCGGAGGGAUUUCGAGACGAGAAGUCCGACGAGAAGAGCGAGGCAGAAAAGACGCGUCGUGGACGACGAUGACAACGGCGAUGGGGAUGACGAGCAAAACCAGAACCAAGAGGAGGAUGAAGACGAUACAGAAGCCGGACCGUCAUCCCGCCUCAGACAUCAAACAACGAUGCUCCCGACGAUUCACCCGGCCGACACCCCCCACGUCCACCUCUCCACAGCGCUGACGCAGCAAUCGCGAACAUGGACGUCCAAGACCCUCACCGAGAGGUACGCGCGCAACAACGACUACAGGGGGUGGUACCGCGUGCUCUACGACGCCAAAAACCCCGGGGAAUCCGCGCCGCCCAUGCCCGACGAGAGCCUAUGGUUCGCCGCCGAGGAAGGACGGCUCAGUUUUUCGUCCAGCCAACGACGCCGCCUGCACCGCCAUCACGCACGGCGAGAAGACUCCAACGCCGAGACUAGCAUGACCGAAGCAGGCUCGGCGUCCCCGUCCCCAUCGUCUACCUCUGACAACGAGCUCGAAAUCGCCGCCGAGAAAACCCGGCUCAAGUGCCCGAUCACACUGCUCCCCUACGUCGACCCGGUGACCUCGAAGAACUGCAACCACAGCUACGAGCGCGAAGCCAUCCUCUCGAUGCUGGGCACCUCGAGCAGCUUCGCGCCCUUCACGCCGACCCAGCUGGAGGAGCUCAGCCAGCUGGGCGACAAGCAGCGCUCGAGGCGCGAGCGCGAGAUGCGCAUCAAACAAGUCAAGUGCCCCGAGUGCAAUGUGCCGCUCGUGGAGGAGGAUCUGGUCGAGAACCCGGCCCUGAGGAGACGCGUCGCGAGACUGCUCGCCAAGGAGAGGCGGGACAACAUCGCCACGAGCGACGUGGAAGGCGACAGCGAUGACGGCGCGGACGGGGCCCACGACGGCAGCAUCGUCAGAGGCACGCAGAGACAGCCCGUCGGUCUCGGCUCGAGCAGUCCCCUCCCUCCCUCGAGCGUGCGCAAGACCGCCAAGCAGAUCAAAGCGGAGCGCGUGUCCGGGAUGAGUGUGGGUGUGGGAGUCGGUGUGGACGUGGACGUGAUCCCCCAGACGCAGCUGGCAGACGACCGCCGUGCAGCCAGCGCGCAGCGGAACCAGAGUAGCCAGGCUUCUGGCGCCAGGCCACCUCAUCAACGCCGAGAGAGGGGGCGAGGCAUGCAGAUCCUGGACCUGAGUGGUGAUGACGAUAAGUAAACGAGCUUGGCUUCCACUUGUACCGAGCACUUGUUAGAGAUAACAUGUGUGAUCUGCUUUGGGAGUGGUACAUGGAGGACGUUAAAGACGUGACCUGUUACGAAAAGAUCCCCGGAGAGACCAUUGACCCGCAUGAGAUGUACUUAGGGCAAAGUCCUGCAAUGCUUACAACGCUCUGUACUCAUAAAGGGACAUGCGUAAAGUGAUUGGCCAGUCCAACGAAUGCAUUUUCUAUCAGAGGCUGUGCUGGCUGUCUUCUAUCCAACUCUUGUUAUUCG